CUUGUCUCCUUGUCGUUCCGACUCCGAAAUCUGCUGGACUCCGGGAACUGGAGUUUCUUUUUUCAAGGAUUUUCAAAUGUCAAGCCAUGACACCUCCCAAUAGAGCGAUCGGGCAGCUGUCCGAAGGGACCUUUGAGUCGGAGGCGACCUGGUGGAGCGUCCCGGGCGAGCGGCCCGAGCGGCCGAUCGAGCCGUUGGAGCAGGAUCGAGACUUUGAUGAUGGUCAUUUGAAGGUGGCCGCCUAUGGGGCACGAAUGGAGAUCUCAAGGCCCGAGGCUUUAAGAGCUACUCGUGCACACAAAGCCUUCUGGUGCUGUGGGCGAGCACUGCGAUCCUUCAAGCGUGAGGCUGACCUCUAUGGAAACAGUCAUGCGAGUGAACAUAUUUCUUGCUUUUGGUCUCAUUCUUGGCAUGGUGGGCGGUUGAGGAAGGUUUUGUCACUCAUGAUGCUCUACAAUGGGCUACCAUCAGUCCUGCUAGGAACUUUCACCGCUUUGGUCAUGGCGAUUCUCUAUAGCUGCAGCCUCCUGCUGGGCAUGAUUUGUUUCGGGGCAGACCAUCAUCGUUGGUCGACGUGGUCACUGGCAAGCGGCUUUGUUAUUGCGGUGCUUGCCUUUGUUCUGUGGAGGCCACAGCAGCAGGUCUUUCUUGACCGGAUUUGCAUCAGUGAGAACAAUGAUGACUUGAAGGCCGCUAGCAUGUUUAGCUUGGCAACAAGUCAGACCAGAUGCUUGUACUGUGGGACCCGACGUGGAGCGAUCGGUUGUGGUGUGUAUUCGAGCUUGCUGCCUUUCUAAGAAGCAAAGUGGCCAGUGAACAAGUACUGCUUAUCAGACCAACUGUUCUUGGACCAUGUUCGAUCGCUCUUUUCAUAGCUGCGUUUGUCGUGAUGCUGCCUAGGGCCUAUGACGGCAGUUCCGGCUGUGGGAGAGGUGGCCGUGAUCGCUCACUGUCAGGUGUUUUUCUUUCCUUUUGCUCAGUGCUUAUGUCCUGUCAGCUUCCUUCAGGCAAUACUUUCGCUCGAUAGAUACCUUAAAGGAGAAGUUAAAGAAGAUCAGCUUCGACGGCACAAGAUGUUCCUGCUGCGAUCUGGGCCAUGUAGACGGAGGAGCCAACAUCAUGUGCGACAGGCGAAUUGUCAGGGAAUGCGUGUCGAUUUGGUUUGGCAGUCCGGCAGUUGAAGACUACACAAGACUACUCAUACUCGGUUUGGAUGCGGUUGGACAAACUGCAUGACCAGAUCUGCACCGGAUGGAGCCUCUUGAUUUUGAAUUGACACCAAGAGGCUCCAUCCGGUGAAGAUCCUCUUGGGGGAUUGACACCAAGGAUGAUCUCACCAGAACAGCUGGGCUUUUGAUUUGGCCGUCUCCGAUGCCAGAACCUGUGGCGCUCACACCAUCGACGAUAUAUAUGGGUGCUUGCUUUGGUUCUGUUUGCGCGCAGGUCGAUUUGAUGGAUUUGGCUCACCUACUUUGCUGGCAGGUAUUGCCAACGCGGGUCGUCCACGCUCCACGAGAUGUGGCAGAACCUCAAAGUUGCACUUGUGGCAGUUGUUGUUUUUGGUGUGAUGGCUACAAGCUGGGUCUUUUCUGACAAUGCAUAUUAUGUGCCUGAGCGUCUUGAUCAUGGAGCUGCGCAGUUUGCAGGAGUGUGGGGCACACUUGCACUGUUCCACUUCUUGUACAAAGUUUCACGAAAGUCACAUGGCUGUCACUGUUUUCAGCUUCGAUCUCGUGGCUGAGGUUUGGAACCGAGUGCUAGUUUCACAUGCGAGACAAGAUGAUGCAGUUCUGGGUUGUGUUUGCACAUGUUUGCACAGUGAAUGUAGGAAGUAUCAAGAGUUGUUAGAGUUGUUCAAAAAUAUGCUUGGC